AUGAAUGAUUUGAACUCUUCUUUGAUAUCAUGGCUUAAAUUAACAGGAAAAAUAGAAGAUGUUAAUGAUGCUUUCCAGGAAUUUGUUGAUUACUAUCCUCUAAUUGAAGCAUUUCAUGAAUUAUUUCCGGAAAUAGAACUUGACGAAGAUAAUGAAGCAGCAUCAUUCAUGAAAUAUCUUGUAGAUAAUAGACCAUCAAGCUUUUUGCCAGAACAUGAUUUUGAUUAUCAAAAUUUCAUUGAUUGUGAUUAUGAUUUAUUCGAAGACAUAGUUAAGCAAAUAUUAUGGAUGAUGAAGGAUAGGAAACCAGCAAUACUCCAAGACCAAAUCAAUAAAUUGCUCUCAUUUCAACAAGAAGAUUUACUUCGAUUCUUAAAGUCAUCAAAUUCAUCAGAAGAAAAGGAAAUUCAUAUAAGUAGCAUUAGAGAUUAUUGCAGAUCACUUGAUAAGAAAAUAGAAAUCGAAGAAUCUAAAAAUUAUUUGAAACAAACAAUUACUGAUCUUGAAAAGAAAAUCUCAGAACGAGAAGGCAACCUAAAUAAAGAAAAAUCGAUAGAAGUUACAGAACACCACCAAAAAUCUGAAGAAAUUAAAAAUAAAAAUGUUGAAUUACAAAAAGAAAUCCAAAAAUUACGCCUUGACGUAGAUAAAGAGACAAAUGAGCAUAAAAAUAACGAUAACAUGCAUAUAACUCGAAUGAACAACGCAUUAUCCGAAAAAACAGAACUUACUCGAAAAAUUGAACAAAUGUCUCAAACUAAACAAGAUGAGAUAAAGUUAGAUAGUGAAUACCGUGCUAUUUCCAAAGUAUUGAACGCAUCUCUUGAGCAAUUAACCGAAAUUCAAAAUCAAAAAGAGAUUUUAGCCAAAGAUUAUGAAGGAGAGAAACAGAAAAUUGACGAUUACCAUGAAAAAAUUAAUAAUUUGAACAAAAAGAUUCAAGAUUUGAAUGACAAGAUCCAAAAUAACAAAAAGACUUUAGAAACCGAACUUUAUCAUGGAGAAACUUCAAAAAUGUUGAAUUAUUUGACCGAGCAGAGAAAUCUCAGAGAUUCUCUACUUGAAAAGCUGAAAGUACUUAGAAAUCAGCUCACAACAAGCUACGGAGAAGUUAGUAUUAUAAAUAAGUAA